AUGAAUAUCACAGAAACACUUAUAUUGCAUUAUAAUAAUAUUUUUGUUAAGAGUAUUAUUACACGAUAUGCUUCGAACGGCAUAAACAAAUUUUCAUCCCCAGUACUUACAAGUGCAAUAAAAAUGGAUAUAGAAAAACAUUGGAAAGAUAAAAUUAAUAUUUACUCAUAUAAUGAUGCAGAUAAGACAAAAAAAAGAUUUUAUAUAUUACCAAUGUUUCCAUAUCCUUCUGGAUCACUUCAUAUGGGUCAUGUAAGAGUUUACACAAUAAGUGAUACUAUUGCUCAUUUUUAUCGAAUGAAAGGAUAUAAUGUCCUUCAUCCAAUAGGUUGGGAUGCAUUCGGUUUACCUGCUGAAAAUGCUGCAAUUGAAAAACAAAUUGAACCAUCUAAAUGGACAUACAAUAAUAUUAAACAUAUGAAAAAUCAAUUAAAGUUAUUGAAUUAUUCUUUUGAUUGGGAUAGAGAAUUUUGUACAUCUGAUCCUGAAUAUUAUAAAUGGACACAAGAAUUAUUUUUAAAACUUUUUGACAGUGGUUUAAUUUAUAAGAAAGAAUCAUUUGUUAAUUGGGAUCCUAUUGAUGAAACUGUAUUAGCAGAAGAACAAAUUAGUAUAGAUAAUUGCUCUUGGAGAUCUGGUGCUAAAGUACAAAAAAAAUUGUUAAAUCAAUGGUUUAUUAGAAGUACAGCACUUGCUAAGUCAGUGUUUGAAGGUUUAAAUGAUUCAAUACUAGAAGGAUGGAAAGAUGUUAAGAAAAUACAACAAAAUUGGAUAGGUGAAUGUAAUGGUUUUAGUUUUGAAUUCCAGUUGAUAGGAAAUAUUCCAAAUUAUCCAAAAACAAUAAAUAUUUGGACUAAGUAUCCAGAAUUUAUUGAAUAUGCAAAAUUUAUUGCAAUAUCUCCAUCAAGCUUAUUAAGUAAAUUAGAAUAUUGUAAAGAUGUGGCAUAUGGAAUAAAAAUUAUAGAUGCAAAAGUAGUAAACCCAUUUAAUGGAGAGGAACUGCCAAUAUUUGUAACAGAUGAAAUUACAUUUGAAAAUUCUAGAGAUACUUAUAUUGGUAUACCUUCUGCUUCAAAGGAAGAUUACAAAUUUUCAGAAAUAGUUGGGAUUGAAUUCAUACGUCAUACAAUAAGUAAUUAUGAAGAACAACAAUGCAAAAGAUUAGAAAUAUUAUCAAAAGCAAGAAAAUGGAAAAUUGGUGGAUAUCCUGUUAGUUCAAGACUACAGGAUUGGUUAAUAUCUAGACAAAGGUAUUGGGGAACACCAAUUCCAAUUAUUUAUUGUUCAAACUGUGGUGUUCAACCAGUGCCACAUGAUCACCUACCUGUAGUUUUACCAGAUAUAUCAUCUUCAAGUGAAAAAAAAUAUAAAUUAAGUGAAAAUAAGAAUUGGUUAAAUACUUCUUGUCCAAAAUGUGGUGCUUCAGCAGUUAGAGAAUCAGAUACAAUGGACACAUUUGUAGAUAGUUCAUGGUAUUUUUUGAGAUUUAUUGAUCCAAAAAAUAUGAAAGAAAUGUUUGCUGUUGAUAAAACAAAAGAGAUAUUUCCUGUUGAUUUGUAUAUAGGUGGAAAAGAACAUGCUGUACUACAUUUAUAUUAUGCCAGACUUAUAAGUCAUUUUUUACAUUCAGAAGGACUUUUAUUUAGUAAAGAACCAUUUAAACAAUUACUUGUGCAAGGUAUGGUCCUUGGAGAAACAUAUCGAACAAAAAAUACAGAUAAAUAUUUAAAAGUAAAUCAAGUGGAAAAAGAUAUGGGGCAGUAUAUAGAAAAGAGUACUAAACAACCAGUUGUUGUUUCAUGGGAAAAAAUGUCUAAGUCAAAAUAUAAUGGUAUUGACCCUUAUGAAUUCAUAGAUAAAUAUGGAAUUGAUACAACUAGAUUACUUAUAUUAGCUAAUCAAUCACCACAAUCAGAUAAACUCUGUAACCAUGAUAAUAUACCAGGAAUACAAAAUUGGGAAAAUCGUAUAUGGAAAACGGUGAGAAGUUUUAUAGAAUAUCGUAAUAACGUAACUUCAGAAGAAUUUCAAGCACAACCUAGUCAUCCAGAUUUUGCAAAACAUGAUGCAUAUUUGUUUGACAGUCGAAAUUAUUUUCUAAAAAGUGUAAAUAAUUAUUUACUGGAAGAUCAACAAUUAAGUAUGGCAAUAUCAAGAUUGCAAGGACUUACAAACAGUCUACGUAAAGUAUCUAUCCAAUGUAUGAAAAAAAGUCGUGAAUAUGAACGUGCAUUAGCAGUUCAAAUUAUAAUGAUUGCACCAUUUGCACCGCAUUUUGCUUCGGAAUUAUGGUCUGCAUUUUCUGCAGCAAAAUAUCACCUUAUAAGUGAAGAUGAAGUAAAAUUAGACAAAGAUGUUAUGGAGCAAAGAUGGCCAGAAAUAGAUACAAAUUAUAAAAUGUCAUUAAAAGUCAAGAUAAAUGGUACAUCGUACGGAACUAUUAAAAUACCCAAGUGUGAAUUAGAUAAAUUAUCAUAUGAGGCAGCUUUUGAUUUGAUAUACAAUUUGCCAUCUGUCCAGAAACAUUUAGCAAAUCACAAGGUUGUUAAAUCUACACUUGUUUCAAGGGAAGGCUGUGAUACAAAGAUAAUAAUAAAUUCAAUAAAAGAAGAUACAAAAGCUAUAGUAACAUAA